ACGGCAGUCGACAGUUGUGCUACGAGCGGCAGCACAGUAUACUUCGUUGUGUCUCCAUAUUUGUGAAUAUUAAAAAUGGCGGACUGCAAGGAGAGUACGGAGGAGAUAAAUAGUCCUCGGUCACAAAUAAUUAUGAAAUUCGAUGCUCCCGAAGAAUCGAGUGAAAAUUCAACAAACGAGGACACGGAAGGACAGUCCAAUGAAGAAAAUUCAGAGGCACCAGCUUCUCCCAGCCCAAAAAUAGCAAAAAAACCCAGUCCAGUGUUGGCAGCAUCAAAAUUUGGAAAUUCGUUCAAUGCUACUGAAACGAGUAAUUCAACAACAACAAAACCAAAAUCAACCCUCCUAAGACCGUCGGCACUGAGUUCGGUAACAACAUCAGCUACAACUGCAGCUGCAUCAGCAGGUCCCUCGAAAGUAAUCCAACCUGCAAAAUUGAACAACCCUUUCACGAAAGUAACGAACGAUGCAGUGAUUGAUGGCAAUGGUGCGACGAAUGAUGGUGAAACGGGGGAGGGAAAAAGCGACAACGAAACAAAAGUGGAAAAUUCGAAAAACUAUAUUAAAAAGUGCACCGACGUGCUACCAAAGUUUUUGCCCCUCGUGACAACACCGAAAGACAACGAGUCUAGUGUUAAUCUUGCUGUUGCUUCGAACUCUUCAACAUCGAGUUUUGUUUUUGGCCAAAAUCUUAAAGAACGCGUUACGGUAUCAAGCGAUUCCGAAAGCUCGGGAGUUCCGAACAACACUUUCUCAGGAUUCUCAAAAGUGAUGUUUGGAAAUCCCGUACCUGUAUCUAAAACAACUACUAAUUCGACCUUGACACUGACCGAAGCUGCUCAAGAGCUGGAAGAGGCCAACAGAGCUAACAAACGGAAAUACAGUCAAGUUACUCCUCUUACCGGUGAGGAAGGAGAGACUAAUGUAUUACAAAUCAAUUGUAAACUUUUCGCCUUCGACAAGGCAACGAGCAGCUGGCAGGAGCGAGGGAGAGGCACGCUUCGAUUGAACGACCGUGACGAGGAAUCACGAUUGGUUGGGCGAGCUUCGGGAACACAACGAUUAAUAUUAAAUACAAAAGUGUGGCCAGGGAUGACAGCGGAAAGAGCGGGUCCGAAAUCGUUAAGACUCACAGCGAUGGAUGUACAGGGUGAUCUAAAAAUUUUCAUAGUUCAAGCAGCUCCAAAAGAGGUCGAUCAACUGCACAGCCUUUUGCUACAACGGGUUAAAAAAGCGACGGAGCGUCAGCCGAAAAAAUUAGCAACUGAUCACUGACGAUCGACCAACGGCGGGGAGUAACGAACUAAAAACAAAAGAUCAGCCUGACCGACGAACGGAGGAGAGUGACAUAAACGAUCGAGCAAAAAGCGUAUGUAUAAUCGAACGAACGAAGAAGAAAACACUCGAAACAGAGAAAGAGAUGAGGAGGAGAUUAAAAAACUACUAAAUAAUUAAAGAAGUAAAUGAACCGUCAAUCACAAAGGAGAAAAGAAUAUAAAUAAACAAUUACGAAAAACAAUCCUGACUCAUUAAAACUCGUAAUGUGCCGAUCGACCUCGUUUAAUCAAUCGCAACUCGAUGGAACAUUUUUAUUCAUCAUAUAACCGGAAACUUCGUGUGCCGAUGAAGGUGAGCGAAAAUGUGAAAUGCGAAAAAAGGUUCGUUAACAACGUGAUUAUUCAACUUGGAUUUUUUCACCUGAAUGAAAUCGAAGUCGUCGCCCUUCCGAUUUUGCAGCAUGCAGGAGCAGUAUUUUUUAAGAUGAUAUUUACCAUGAAUCAACAAAAGAAGACGGAUAUAAAAGAAAAAUGAAGUUAUGACUCGACGAUCAUGCGAUAAGAAUUCUUCGCCUUUUUAAAAUUCUUUUUCCUAUGGAGAGCAUUAUUUUUUCUCAUCAUUCCUAGUUUAUUUGUUAUGCUAUAUAUUUUUUUUUCUUUCAUCAGUCGAUCUUUGCCAGGAAAAUUCACAUAGAAUUUCAAUUCAGACAAAUUCUUCCAAGUCUCUAGUACAUCAUAUGAAUUUGGAUCAUUUUUUGAGCGCGCAAAAUCGAUCUAAUCAUCAAAUUAUCGAUUUUAAAAAAUGCUCCCUUGGAACUGUAGGACCUACGAAAUUUUUUUUGUUUCAAAUUCCCAUACAUCAUGGAAAAUUACGAUAUCAAAUUCUGUGCAUUGACUGCAGUAAAUAUAAACGUGAUAUAUGUUUAUAUACAUGUAUACAUAUAUAUAUAUAUGGAAGAACAAUUCUACAAUUCUACGAUCACAAUAAAAAGGCAUUAUUAUUAUAAAAACAAGAAGAGUAAGAGGUCGCAAACCAUCACAAAAAAUCGUCUUUUAGAUGUGAAUAAAAAAGAAACUUGAUCUAGUUGUGUACGGCA